UCUUCUCCCUUUAUCAAAUAAGACAUUCACUAAAUUCCAAAGCUCUGAUGUCAUCUAUGUUGACUCUCCUGAGCACCCAAGAUCGUUGCUCCCUGGAAUGGAUGCAAUGUUCCUUGAUUCAGAUAUUGAUGWUUAUGUUAUGAAUCAACUUAGAAAUGCUGGACACCAAGGCUGGAUUCAGCUUUGUCGUUUUGAUGAAAAUGUAAUGAAGCAGUUUCUCCAUAAAUCAUUGCCAGAUGACUGGAUGGAGUCGAACGGGAACGUCAUAUGGUACCCAGGAAAGCAUCAACAUCCACCAGAAACAUGGCUCAAGGAAGUGUGGCAAUACUUAGCUAAGCAUUUUAAUGGCCCUAAUGACCUGGACGCUUUUUGUAAUGUUCCAUUGAUACCCAUACAAGCCAUAUCGAACAGCGUGGAACUUGCACGAAUCAAAAAGCCUUCCACAUUGCUUUUGUCAUCCUUCAACCGUGAUGAGCUUGAAAAUUCGGUUGUGGAGAAGGCGAGCGAGGUCGGAGCAACUGUCCUGAAGAACUUACCCGAGUUUGUAAUUGGACAUCGUGGUCUUGUACCUGACUACAUCAACCCACCAAAUCAUCAAGGUGUUCUAACAGCACUCAUGGUUUUUCAAAAUAAUCUUCCAUCUAUAUCGUUGGAUGURAGGCCUUUGAGAGGGCUAUUUUCUCAAAUGAAUUUGCCUACAGAUUCUGAUGCAGAAGUCAAUUUUCUGAAGAAGCUAAAGUUAUUUGAAACGUSUUGUCAUCCAGCGCUCGACGUUCCAUCACGUCCAGUCACACUGAUUGACGUUCCACGAGCUGCGCCAUUGAAUGAUUUGCCUCCUGUAAAAUGGUGCUUUGAGAUGAUCGAUGUCCGUGAUAACAGUAGCAGAACGCUUGCACAAAUGCUUGGAAUUGUACCAAUGGACCUUGUAGUUCUGGUGAAGAUGAUGCUUGAAGAUGCAAGGAAAGGAAAGUAUUCCAAUAAUGAAGUUGAUGAUCUGGUCAAAUAUACUUUGGAUCGUUUUAGCGUUUUCGGCGAGGAAGCUACCAARGAAUUACAAAAUCUACUAGCCAGUAUUCCAUUUGUUACGUCUUCCAAUAACACAAGAAAGCGACCGGAGGAGCUUUAUGAUCCACAAGACAGCGUCGUUGCCGGGAUAUUUUUAUSCGAGACUGAAAAAUUCCCGAAUACAGAUUCUCAGUACUCGAGUCCCAGUGUUCUUCGUCAUUUGAGAAAUAUGGGUCUCAAGGGAAUUGAAGGUGUAAGCCCUUCCGAAAUUAUUAGCAGCGCUACAUUAGUGAAUCAAAUUAGURAUGUAAAAACAGCCACAACAAAAUCCACCUCUAUCCUUAAUUACCUGGAGAAAAGAAUGCUUACUUCGGUGGACACGAGAAAUUGUCUCUUUGACCAACUUCAUACGAUUCCAUGGAUACCUGUCGUAAAAAUGAGGCCAGAACACUAUCCCUCUAAUUUAAAGCUGGAUGAGCAUGGAUGCUUUGCGUGCCCCAGAGAUGUUUUAUCUAUCCAACAUAAAUUUCUCGUGGGUAGUUCCAAACCACUUGUAGACGACCAAAAUCAACCUAACGUUUCUGGACUUUUUGGUUGGAAAAGAACGCCAUCCAAAGAAGACRUCAUCAUUCAUUUUGAAAAUGUCAUCUCAUCUUAUCACGAAAACGAGAAAAGCACCUAUGUCGACGUCAUCAAAGACAUUUAUCGAUAUCUUGAAGCGCAAAACAUUUGUGGUGUGAAAGAGCGAAUCCAUCAAUGGAUAUGGAAUGGUAACAGCUUCUCCUCUGCAGAUGAAAUUGUUGAAAAUAAUACGUGGAUGGAUCUGCAACCAUAUCUCUACCCUUUGCCAAGGGAGGUUAAAGAAUUUGCAUCAUUUUUCAAUSAAUGUGGAAUGAAGCAAGAGCCUGAUAGCUAUCUAUUUCUAGAGGUUUUACAGAGGAUAAAAGAAAGCCAUUUAAUUUGCAMUUCCAAGCCAAAACAUGAAGUCAGACGCGACCUCCGUUACUGUAUUGAAGUACUCGAUGCCUUGAAGCCCAAAGAUGGACAACCMCUCGAUUUAAAAGUCAAAGAAAGRCUUCUCGUCCCAUUAGAUGUGAAGGACGAUACGAGGCUGGAGUUGGCUUUGAUAGAAGACUGCACUUACUGUGAUCGGGAAUGGCUGCAGAAAGGGUACGACGUUUCUGACAUUGAUGAAACGGAUGAUGAGAAAAUCAAGUUUGUUCAUYGCAAUAUUUCCAAUGCRACAGCAGAAAUCUURAAGGURCCUACUUUGAUGAGUCGAAUACUCGAUGCAGAUGAGCUUGAAAUGGGUGAAAGUUUUGGACAGUCCGAAUYUUUGCUUGACCGCCUUAAAGGAUUACUUGAAGGAUACACUGAUGGCUUGUCCGUUCCUAAAGAGCUUAUACAAAACGCUGAUGAUGCUGGAGCUACAGAAGUACGAUUUCUUUACGACGAACGAACAAAUGACAAUGCCAUGACRAAUUUGAUUGAUGAAGGUAUGAAGGAGUGCCARGGACCUGCYCUCUGGACAUACAACAAUGCCAUCUUCACUGAAGAAGACCCCGGAAAUAAGAAUAAGACGUACAAUGGGACACUUUUCCGCUUUCCUCUCCGWACAGCYARYCAAGCMAAGAAAAGCAAAAUCAAAAACCUUUGCUAYGAUGACAAUCAAGUAAAAGAGCUUCUUCGAAUCCUGCUGCAUGGUGCUGAAUCUUUGUUGCUAUUCACGCAAAACGUUCUCACUGUUGGAGUUUACCAUUUGAGUGAUGAAGACCAGGAUCCAUCGCAACCAGUURAACUCUUCUCCAUUUCAAAGUCAUGCGAAGAUGUGAUACACAGACUUCCGUGUGAAGUGUCGUUGUCAAACCAAGCGCAACAACUGAAGGAMAGUGAGCAAGAAUUUGUGAAACAGAGCAGUAUUUUGAAAGCAUCGACAGAACGACUCAAGACGCUAAACUUACCUCCAUCUAAGRUYCUAAUGACAUCAUCUCUUGUGAUCAGAAGCUGUUGUAAGUUAUCAGAACGUGGAAAAGAUUUGCUACAGAUUGUAGAUGCAGAGCAAAAUUCAAAAGCURAAAGYCUAUGGCUAGUCCACUCCUGUAUGGUUGGCGGAAAAGUUCUUACUUUAUCUCGAAANCAGCAAAUUGGAUUUUCAAAGGACUCUUUCUUACCGCAGGAAAUUCAUGAAGCAUACCACAAAGGCAAUUUGGGUUUGCUUCCACGUGGUGGUGUAGCUGUAAUGAUUGACAAACCAAUGGAUAUGACGGGAAAUGCCUUCUGUUUCCUUCCUUUACCAUUUCAAACAGGCUUGCCAGCUCAUUUAAAUGGUCAUUUUGCUCUUGAUCACGAGGCACGAAGAAGUCUUUGGACAAAUGAGAAAGGAGAUUAUCGAAGCAUAUGGAACCAAACUCUUCUAAAGAAUGUAGUUGCGUCAUGCUAUGUUGAGGUGUUGGAUGAGGUUAGGAAAUACAAGUCAUUAAUGGUGAUAGCUGAGAGCAAGACGUUUCUGCAAAAAAGCCGAGAAGAUGCCGAACAUAUGCUUUCGCAGUAUGCGCACUAUUUCCCUUUGCCGAGUACCUGCGAUUCCCCUUGGAAGGAAUUAGCUUCUGAAGUGUACCUAGAGAUGGACAAAAGAGGUACAUGUCUUUUACCAGUCUUAAGGCAAAGCAGUGCAGCAAAAGGCAACGGUGAAAACAUGAUUAUAAUCGAGUGGCUGCCUCCCACUGGAAAAGGUCGAGAAGAGGCUUUUUUUGAUAAUCUGCCAAAGACGGAGACGCUAACCAAAAGGGAAAAUCAGAAGUCUAAGGAUGUCGAAAUACGUCUUAGAUUGCGAGAGAUAUUACUCUCUUUGGGAUUCAAUUUGGUGUUCAUGCCAAUGGACAUAUGCAAAUCAUUCCAAAAUUCAGGAGUGCACGUUAGCGAGAUUACCCCUUUCAAGGUUAUCAGUUUCUUUGCCACAUACAAAUCAGCACAUAAAUUGUGCAGGAUCAAGCGUCUUCCUCAGUCAUUAACGAAGACACCCUUUCAAGAUGUAACAAACUUGGUUAAAGUUCUUCAAUAUUGUAAAAAAGAAAAAACCUUCUGCCCAUAUCUGAACGGCUUGCCCCUACUGUUAACAGAAGAUGGAAAUUUACGUGUUUUCGACCAAUUGCAACCAGUGUUCAAUUGUGAAUGGCAUGCGUUGGUGCCCCAUUCCAAAUCGCUCUUUAUGCAUCACAGACUGCUUGAAAUUUUCGAAAGUGAUUCACAAAUGCCCUUUUUGAAGGUGUUUGACAUAGAAGAAUUUGUCAGACUUCUCCCAAAGGAGCUCUGUGAGGCCAAGUACAACUGUAAUUCAGACUACAUUGAGUGGAAUCCAUCGAAAAAGGAAGACAAACUGCCUACGAAGCAUUGGUUAUGCAAUGUUUGGAGGUUUUUGUCGUUAUAUAUUGAAAAACAGAUUCAAGAUGACCAACAGAAAAAGUCCAAUGAUCACGAAAUCCCGUAUGCUCAAAGAAGAAAAAUUGAGGAAGAAGCUAAGAAAACCAUCACGCAGGAUGCCUUAAAGCCAGUCAUGAGCUGGUGUCUUCUUCCUGCUGUAGAGAGUGUUGCUGGCCAUGGAAAUGAGCGCCACUUCUUGGUACCUUUAUCGCUAGCACAUUCACUUAUAAUCUACAGCUAUAAACCGACAUGGGAAAGCUUGAAAGAAAUUCUGAAAAUGCUACUUCUUCCUGAGAUAAACUUCCCCAUAAUCAAUUGUGGGUGUUGGCCGUUGAGAUAUUCCACAACUCCCGAACGGCUUGUAGCUAAUAUGGAGGACCCACUGUCUAUUUUGAGUGUUCUAUUGUACAAGCUCAGCCGUGAUGCCUCGUCAUUUCAUAGGCUCGAUAACUCUAAAUGUAGACGUCUCUUGGAAUACUUCAAUGAUCACAUAGAUGUUUUGAAGGAAGAUGCCAAGGAUUCGUUGAAGAAUCUCCCAUUUUUUGUUACCAUAAAUGAUACCCAAGUCAGUAUUGAAAACAAGAGAACAUUUGCUCUUUCAAGACGAAUUCCAUUAGAUGGCAUUCACAUUAUUCAAGAGUCGAACAUCGUCUUGCUGAAAACCGAGAUAUCCUUGGAAAAGCUAUACGCGUACCUUGGGUGCAGUAUUAAAGAUGAAGUUGAAAUUUACACUGAAGAGAUUUUCACGAGACUCGGAGAUAUGACCGAAGAGAAAAGGCUAAAUCAUUUGAUCUUUAUUCUAGACUUCAUGAAAGAUCUCGAUGGGAACAUAACUAGAUACGCAUCAUAUCCAGAUCUCAAAAAGGCGAAUGAAAUGAAAAAGAAAAAGCUCAGUGAUGCCCUUACGUUGCUUAAAUUUCUCCCACGAGAAGGAGUUUUGAAGCCAGCAUCUGCGUUCUUUGAUCCUUCUAUUAAGGUUUUCAAAGAGAUGUUCUGUGAUCAACCUGAAAGGUUUCCGAGACUGCCCUUCUGCAAUGAAACAUGGUUACCAUUCUUGCGACAAGUUGGACUCAUUCAUGAAGUAACCGAGGGCCAGUAUCUUGACUUUGCACGAGAGGUAGAGGUUGAAAGCAGCCAAAAUAGACAUUUAUCAGAAGCAACAAGAGGGAAGUCAGAAGCCUUGAUAUCGUAUCUGUUUGAUGAGAUAUUGAAUGUUGAUUCCCGCGAUCCCAAUGAUACGUUUUUACUGGAAUUAAGCACAAUACGCUAUAUCUUUCCAAAUGAAGUUAGUAAGGAACUCCAAAACAUACAUGAGCAGCAUGGAAUAGAAGAUGAUGCGCUACCGUGCAUUUGUUUUAAGGAGUCCGUAUUGAGAAAUAAUGAACCCAUUGCCUGGACGAGCUCAAAUCUCUUGCCAGAACAUGCCAACCCCUUUAAAAAGGUUAAAUGUGAGGUACCAAAGGAGUCCGUAUUGAGAAAUAAUGAACCCAUUGCCUGGACGAGCUCAAAUCUCUUGCCAGAACAUGCCAACCCCUUUAAAAAGGUUAAAUCUGAGGUACCAAAGGAGAUCAUUGAUCUGCUGGGUGUUCUCCAAAAGCCGACCAUAGACAUGGUAAUAGUGCACUGCCAAAACAUCUGCAAUGUGCUAUCACAAAUUCCUUGCAAGUCUGAUGGAGCUAGUAACAUUCAUCACCAUCCUAAGUGUAUCAUGAAAAUAAUGAAAAGCAUCUAUGGAUUUCUGCUUAACGAAUUUCGCUACAAAAAGGCGAAUUCGUGUGAAAAACUUACUAGACUUUCUACUACCCGUUGUCUUGUUGUUGACAAUGGAGGUCGUUUCAUUUAUCCAAAGCAAGCCGUUAUAGAGUUAAAAUCAACUAUGCAAAUCCGUCCAUAUCUAUUCCAGUUUCCUCUUGAACUGGGUGGUUACGCUGAAUUAUUUGAACGUCUUGGAACGACCAAGUUUGUUACACCACGACAUUAUUCAMUGGUUCUUAGAAURAUUCAUGACGAAUCAAAAGGCGAUAAACUGCYUGUCAACGAAAAGAAGAAUGCUUUUCAAGCUACCRCCAAUUUGUUUGAAAUUUUAAAAGAGAAGAAAGAGUGUGAAGRCCUUCAGCUCUACCCACUUUACUUGCCGGGAAUCGCAAGAAGCCCAAAUGCCACGCCGAAAGAAGACGCGAUAAAGUUGUGUCCGUCUACUGAAAUCGUGUACAGUGAUUCUGCCCGUUUCAAAGACAGAAUUAAAAAGAUAAACGCCAUCAUUCUGGUAAAAUUCAGUGAUAUUAACCUUCAAGUAAGUAAUGAUGAGGAUCUUUUGAGCAAACUGCCYAAAAACSUUCGYCCAAAAAGCGUUUCUUCGUUAGUUUGUGAAAGCUUGGUCGAAGGUAAUGAAUUAAUAUCACGCUCAGCUACAGCUSUAGAACUUGAUWACAUUCUAACGCACGUCCAGUUUGCCAACGGGAUUAUUCGUAUGAUUAAGCAUAACAAGCAUCAAAAAGGCAUUGAAGCAAGUACUGAUAUCCAGRGAGAUGUGAAGAAGUCUUUAAGMUGUAUCAAAGUAUACAGUGCCAGCCGUCUUCGGACAAAGCUUUUGUUCAAAGGAAGUGUCAUACUAGGCAGUGAAGCAGAUGUAACUUGCUUUGAAAAMCAAGUCCAUGAAGAGAACCAGCUAGUUUGGAGAAUCUACAUCAAAGAUGGAUCAGAGUUGAUYAAGUKCUCUUCGAGAGUUGCACAAAUUGUGGACAGAAUAACAGGCUCUCAACUUGGAGACAUGUUAGUACAUCUCUCAACAGUACUAUCCAUGAACCCGAACGAAAUCAGAUCCUUCCUUGAUGAAUUAGAAGUACGCGAAGACAAUGCAACUCAAACUUCAUAUCUUCCAGAACCCGGAAGUUUUGUUCACCUUGASGAUCACCACCUUCUUGUAGACGCWUUCAYGUUAUUUUAUUCAGGAGACUACGUUGGCUACGAGCUUGAUGAUCCAAUCCUUCGUGAUGAAAAUGGUACUCCAACGUACAUCUACGCCGUCAUCAUAGAGGAAAUCGAGUCUGAAGAUAAAAGCUCACCAUAUACCAGAAGGUAUAGGAUCGAUAUUGGAAAGCGGUAUGCUGAUGUAGAUGCAGUUGAUUUGUACCAAAUACAUUSUCAUAGAGAMGAAUGCACCCAACUGGAAACAUCACAGAAACCUUCAGGAAAACAAGAAAAUGYAGAGGAGKUAAAGYGGCUUAUCAAUGAAGCACUAGAGCAUGCUUGGACGCUUACAGAARUGAGGAGGAGAAAGAUAAUCAAACGAUUACUCUUAGCCUGGCAUCCAGACAAGAAUUCCGGAAAUGAAGAGUUUUGUACGGAGAUUUUCCAGUUCCUUAGAGCGGAAAUCGAAAGAUUAGAGAAAAAUGUWAGACCUUCUAGGAYACCAAAUUGUAGCCCUGAUUACAGMGGUUUCUACRACAGUUUCUGCAGCCGGUAUUCAAGUCGUGCUAGUAGACAUGGUGCCCAAAGAAACUUUUCUCCUUUUUUCAAUCGAAWGAAUCCUCAAAUAGAAGAAGCGUCAAGAUGGUACAAACAAGCCAGCGCCGACCUCGAAGCAKCAAGUAAUGAUAUGCAGGAUCACAAACCUUCCUAUGAAUGGGCGUGUUUCAAGUGUCACCAGGCUGCAGAAAAAGCGCUCAAAGCUGCACAGUAUUCACAAGAUGCAAACAAAAGUACUACUCACAAUCUAUCAGAAAUUGCCAUCAGUGUCGAAGAUAGUGAACUGGAGUCGUUAGCCUCGUCCUUAGAACGAUGUCUUGGAGAAUCAACACGCAUGCGCUAUCCAGACCGGGUCUGCUAUCCCAACAUUCCACACAAUAUGUACACCAAGGAUAUUGCCGAACAAGCGCUGGAGAUAGCAGCAGCGAUCCUCAAUGUAGUCAAAAGCAAGUUUGUGAAUUAACUUUGGCUGUAAUSAACGCCACAGCUAAAUAAAACGUAGAUCAAGAUCCCUCCUUUAAUUUGGGGAUGACAUAUAUGACUAUACCAAAGUAGGUGCAUGUUAGUAGUCGUGGUCUGGUAUACAUAUGACCUACAGGCUUUUUCAAUGUGUUUUUUAGAUCAGUUAUCAAAGAACUUUUUAAGUGUCAGAUUGUAUAACUCCCAAUAUAUCAUUUUACAUAUAAACAAUGUUUAGUUUAUAGACAAAUACUUGUACUCAUCAAAGAAACGUUAUAACUAGUGUGGACGCUUUCAGAGUAAACGAUGUGGUUUAUCAGUCGCUAAUUUUCUGAUUUAGCGAGUGGAAUAAGCGAAGUUCAGUGAUAUCUCAAUCAUUUUUUUGUAUUUCACGUUAUAGUGUAUAAUACAUACCAUUGUAUUUUGCAGCCUAAAAAUCUGUGAAAAGGUGUGAAAUUAGAUUUGUAGAAGUUAAAGCGGAYACCUAUAUUCAAAAUCUAGAUUGCAAUAAAAUGCAUUUGGCUAUAUAUAAGUAUGGACAUUCUUGGUCUGAUGGUGAGUUUUCUUUGAAAUCAAUCUUUUUCUCUUUUCUUUUUGUUGUUGUCUUGCUGGUUGUAUCUAAAGUAAGAGGCCUUCCACUGUAUGGUUGCUGUACCGUGGAUAAACAUCAUCGAGGUGUUGCUCAGUUAGCUUGACUCUGCCGUUUUCUUGCAGUUCCAGUUCGAUUCGGCUGAAUGCUCUUGUUCUACUUCCUUUAUGAGUUCUUUUUGUUUUUGUCGACGAAGAGAGUUUCCUGUACGAUGCGUUGCUGUUUUUCGUCCAUUUGUUUGGCGGGUUCUCUUGCUGGCCCCCUCUAUAUAAUAUCCUUUGCCACUCCUCUCUUACUCUCUGACUUCCCUUCUCUCUAUUACUAUCUCAUUUUAUCUUCGGACUCCAAGAUAUCUGUUUUGAACCAGCUGCAUUGAGCUGCAUGAGCCAUCAGCUUGGUUUCUAUCGUUCUUGUUCUACCGUUUUUGACGGGAAGUUCCUUGUCCUAAUAGAGUACCGGGGCUUUUUCUCUCUUCGUACAACCUGAGCUGAUUUGAUUACGUUCUCAUCAGUUGACGUCGCAUCUCCUGUUUGCUCUUUAACUUUGACGUCACUUUCUUUCUUCCCAUAUUUGGCUUGAAAGGUAUGCUCGCGAUGAAUGAUUUCGUGAGCCUGCAUUAUUGAUAAUCGUUUGUGAUGUGGUUUACAUCAAUUGGCAAGGUAACGCUGAUAGCUAUCGAACAUGCUGAAAAACAAUAUCAAGACUCAUUUAAGAGUUUCUAACGCUUGUCUACUUCACUGCUGAUCAUGUCGGAUGUCGGUUCCGUCACAAAUGUAAGAUGGCAAGCAUCGAUCCACUUUAUUUAUUUUUAUUAUGUCUUCACUACCUGUCUGUUAUCUUGUUGGUGUUACUGUCAGCUAAUACCAGAUCUUUCUCGCUCAGACCUAGCUUUUUGACAGUGUUGGACAAAAGUCGUUCGGUCUUCGCUUUUGCCGACUGAGUGUAAAGUUUCCUGGAAUGUACGUCAUCUGUGUCGUUGGCAGGUGUUCCUUCAUAAGAAAAGUAAUUUUCAUUGUGAGUUUGUAAUGUUAUAAAUUGUGAAGGGCUGGGAGGUAAGUUAUAGAACUUCCUUAGUGGAUCAGAACCAAACUUCUAUUUUUAUCUUAUGUUCUUUACGGAAAUGUUAAUUGUUUUGGUAGCUUUCCCUUGCCGCCGUUUUUGCCACGACUAUGAACAGUUCAGGAAGGCUUAUUUCAAAAAAUUCAAACACAUUUUACCUGAUGACUUAGAUGUCAAUACGUCACGUUUUUGAUGUAAUUCAUGUUUCAAAUGAUGUAGAGACUUUGUGGUCACCUCUGUAGUUUGCUGUUCGUAUCGUAACAGAGGACACGCCUUUGUAUGUGCUUUAAUUUGUUUAGAUAUUUGUUUUGCUGUUUGCUUCAAUCCUCUUCAUUUGCUGCGUGGAUAUCGAGUGCAGUCGUAUAUUUGCAAACAGAAUCGGAUGUAUAGAGUGCUGUUGCACGAAAUUCAAAGAAGAGGAAAAAGGAUAACCUGGUGAAGUUUGACUUGAAUACCAAAGAAUUGCCCCAGAAAAGUUGUCCUUCGUUUAGCAGCCAUAUAUGGUAAUCUUACCUAUCUUAUCUUCAUGCAAUCCAUUUUAUGAUUUCUUUAUAUGAACGGCACAACUAGAUUGCUUAAGGUCUGUAAAUCCCAUCGCGGUCUGUUGCGCCAACAAACAUCACUUCUCAUUGAAGAAAUGUUAAAGUUGUUGGGUAUUAACGAUUGGCUAGUGUGGUCUAAUGGUAUGUGUGCAGAUCUAAGAGAGGUGUGUGUGGCCUUGAAGCCUGUGUGGCUUUUAGUCUGGUCUAUAUGACUUCAAUGCCUGUGUGGCGUUCUGCCUGUGUACUCAUAUCAUAUGUUUGGUCAAGGAGGUAAUGGAUGAAUAAAUUCUGUUACAGCAGUUUAACUUAUUUAUAUUUGUUUAUCUUAGUUAUCAGAACUUUUUUCAGCUCUUUCAAGAAACUGGCACAUUGGUGCAUCUCAUCAACUGCUGAUUAUAUAGAAAGAAUAAAAGAAUGGAAAAGUUCAAGGGAGAUAAAGUUCAAGAAAGAAAAAAGUUUCAAAUUAAUGUUUAAUAUAUUUCUGCGAGAUGUGCUGAGGAAUGCUGCUGCAAGUGAAAGGACAUUUAUAGUAUUAGUAUGUGAAAUAUUAAAGUUACCAGUAAAUCAAAUAUGCAACGAUGGUUAGCUUAUAUUUUUUUAUACUUCGUUCUUCUUUAUCACCUCUGGCGAAGGGUGGGGCACACUAGGGAUGUAUGCCCCCUUUUGGAACAAUUUGUGCACUACUUCAAAAGAGAUUCAGUGUUGUAAGAGAUAUUUUCAUGAUGAGGUUGUCAUGGUAUAUUAUCUAAAAAUAUAAUUUAAGUAUUUGUUAUAAUUAAAGUAUUUCAAAAUAAAAUAACUAGACCCUGUAUGCAGGGUUGACACGUACCCUUGUUGUACAUGAUGUUGUGAAGUCAAAAUAAAAAAAUGAUUUGAUCCUUC